CUCGUACGGUGCCUCUUGCCGGCCACUGAAUUUCCAGGCUGCAACCCCAGUAGACACAGGCGGUGGACCGCUUCCUCCUUCCUUCUCAGAAACCCGCAUCACAACAGGCCGUCUUGCACCCCCAUCGCCAUGUACAUCGAGGAGCUCAUUAUCGAGGGCUUCAAGUCCUACGCGACGCGGACGGUCAUCAGCGGCUGGGACUCGGAGUUCAACGCAAUCACGGGUCUCAACGGGUCCGGAAAGUCAAAUAUCUUGGACUCGAUAUGUUUUGUGUUGGGGAUCUCUACCUUGUCGCAUGUCCGUGCAAACAACCUACAGGACCUAGUCUAUAAACGAGGCCAAGCCGGCAUCACAAAGGCCUCCGUUACAAUCGUUUUCAACAACAGCGACCGCGAGAAAUCCCCCCUCGGCUACGAAAACCACAAACAAAUCUCGGUAACACGGCAAAUCGUGGUCAACGGGCGCAACAAGUAUAUCGUCAACGGCCACAACAAGAACCAGCAGGACGUGGCGAACUUGUUUCAAUCGGUGCAGCUCAAUGUCAACAAUCCGCAUUUCUUGAUUAUGCAGGGGAGGAUCACGAAGGUGUUGAAUAUGAAGCCGCCGGAGAUCUUGGCUUUGAUCGAAGAGGCGGCUGGGACGAGGAUGUUCGAGGAUAGGAAGGAUAAAGCGAUCAAGACGAUGGGGAAGAAGGAUGCUAAAUUGGAGGAGAUCAAUACUCUCCUGGAAACGGAAAUCGGCCCAAAACUCGAGAAACUACGAACAGCCAAACGAACAUACCUCGAAUACCAAAAGAUGGCCACGGAACUCGACGUCCUCCGCCGCGUGCUCAUCGCCCACGACUACUCAAAGUACCAGGCCAAAGUGCAGUCCUCCGGUAAAGACCUGGAGGAGAAAGAGGAACGCAUCGUGACGCUGCAGAAGAUGCAGGAGGUGCUUGUGCAGGAUAUGCGGGAGAUCGAGGACAAGUUAGCGCAGAUUCUGGAGGAUAGGGAAAAGGAUUCGGCGCAGUUCAGGGAACUCGAAGCGGAGUACAAAGAGUUUGCAAAAGAUCUCGUCAAGAUCAAAACACAGUGCGAUCUGAAGACCGGGAGUAUAGCCGACGAAGAAAAGAACUUGGCCAACUUGCAAAAGGAAAGCGCCGAGGUCGAAGCAUCGCUUGCAGCCAUGCGUGAAAAGAUCGUCCAACUCGGCGCCAGAUGCGACUCGACCGUGAACGCGUACGAGGAAAAGACACAGAGUGUGCGCAAAUUGGAGGAUCUGAUCCAGACUUUGUCGACGGGAUUGGCCGCGAAGGAAGGGCAGGAUAAUGGGUACCAGGCUCAACUCCAAGAGGCCAGCAGGGCAGUUAGCACGGCAGCCUCAGCGGCGGAACAAGCAAAGAUGAAGAUUGCGCACGCGAAGAAGGAGUUGCAGGAGAUUUUGCCGAAAGCAAAGGCGGCGGAAAAGCAGAAUAGCUCGCUGUUGGCUGAGUCCAGGGCUAAUAAGAAGGUUACGGAUAUGCUUCAGAACGAGCUGGAUUCCCUGUCCCUGGCGCCCGAGCGUGAAUCUGAGCUAACGCAGCAAAAGAAGACGUUGCAAGUUCAGGCGAAUGAGUUAAGAGAGCAAAUCGAAACCUUAGAACGCGACCUCUCCUCCUUCCAAUUCGAAUACACCUCCCCCGCUCCGAACUUCGACCGCAAAUCCGUCAAAGGCCUCGUCGCCGAGCUCGUCAGCCUUGACCCCAAAAACCACGACUCGUCCACGGCCCUCGAAGUCUGUGCUGGCGGGAAGCUCUACAACGUCGUUGUGCAGACAGAGGUGGUUGGCACGCAGCUCCUGCAGAACGGGAGACUGAGGAAGAGGGUAACGAUGAUCCCGUUGAAUAAGAUAAAUGCGUUCAGGGUGUCGGCCGAGAAGCUGGAGGCGGCGAGGAAGGUUGCGCCCGGGAAAGUUGAUUUGGCAUUGAAUCUGGUGGGGUAUGACGAGGAAUUGGAGGUGGCCAUGGCUUAUGUGUUUGGGGGGUCGUUUGUUUGUCGAGACGCGGAAACCGCCAAACGGGUCACCUUCGACAAAGCCAUCCGCACACGCUGCAUCACCCUCGACGGCGACUCCUACGACCCCUCCGGCCAGCUCUCCGGCGGCGCGCGCCCCACCACCUCCGGCGUGCUCGUGAAAAUGGGCCUGCUGAAAGAUCUGCGAAAGCGGUAUGCGGCGCUGAGCAAGGAGCUGGAGGAUGUUGUGGGAGAGCUGGAGGAGUGGCAUCGCAAACAAGGGCAUCGGGUUGGGUUGGCGAAGUCGUUAGAGUUGAAGUUGCAUGAGGGACGGCUGAUUGAGGAGAGAUUGGGGACAAAUUCGAGUGCUAGGGUCAUACAACGAGCGGAAGCUCUGAAAGCGGAACUCGAGGCCCAAGAAACAGUGCGCAAGGAGGCGAUGGAGCGCAAAGCUGCCGCGGUCGAGAACCGGGCGCAUGUGGAGAAGGAGAUGAAGGAGUUUUCGACGCAUCGGGAGGGCAAGUUGCAGGCUUUGGAGAAAGAGCUAGCAGACGGCAAAAAAGAGCUCGCCAAGUCCGCGCCCGCCGUUAAACAGAUGCAGCAGGAGAUGGAGCUCGCGAAAGAGGAGGCUGUGCAACUUGACAAGGAGGUUGUGCAGGCUCGUGAGCGGAUAGAGCAGGUUGAGCGGGUUGUGGAGGCGCUGAGGGAGGAGGAGAGGGAGUUGAGGGAGAAGAUGGCUGGUGUCAAGCGUUCCUACGACGCCUCAGAAUCCGCGCUCGACAAAGAACGACGGUCACUAUCAGCCUACGACACGGAAAGCAAAGAGCUCGCCGAGCGCAAAAAGGAUAAGAAGCAAAUGGUCGAGGACUGUAAGCUCGAGACGCAGAAACUGCGGCACGAGCUGGAUAAGUUCCAUGAGGACCGGGCGAAUGCGCAGAAGGUUGUUGCUGAGCUUGUAAAGGCACAUCCGUGGAUUGGGGAUCAGAAACACAUGUUCGGCCAACCCAACACCGACUACGAUUUCCACAAGCACGACAUGCCGGACGUCAAGAAACGCGUAAAGCAACUCGAAGAACGUCGCAAAUCCCUCGAACGCAACCUUGACCCGCAAGUAAUGGACAAAUUUGACCGCGUCGAAAAAAAGGAAACCCAACUCAAGGCCAUGCUCGCGACAGUGAAGAAGGACAAGCGCAAGAUCCAGGAGACGAUCGGCGAGCUGGACAAGUAUAAGCGCGAGGCGCUGCGCAAGACGUGGGAGCAGGUUGAUGUGGAUUUUGGCGCGAUUUUUGCGGAUCUGCUGCCGGGCAAUAUGGCCCGGUUGGAGCCGCCUGAGGGGAUGGAUAUCACACAGGGGUUGGAGGUGAAGGUGGCGUUGGGUGGAGUUUGGAAGCAGAGUUUGACGGAGUUGAGUGGUGGGCAGAGAUCGCUGAUCGCCCUCUCACUGAUCCUCUCCCUCCUGCAAUAUAAGCCAGCGCCGAUGUACAUUCUGGACGAAGUCGAUUCAGCGCUGGACCUGUCGCACACGCAAAACAUCGGGCAGCUGAUCCAAACGCGGUUCAAGAACUCGCAAUUCAUCAUUGUGUCGUUGAAGGAUGGCAUGUUUAACAACGCGAAUGUGCUGUUCAAGACGAAGUUCAGGGAUGGAGUUUCUACUGUUGAGCGGAUCGCACAACAACGCGAGCCUGACAGAUCCGGCGGUAGAAGCACGGGACUGAAGAAGGCGAGACUGCCGAGCGCUUUGCGAGGCGCUGCUGGGCAGUCGCGUAAUGUGAGGGCGUAGACUGGACGUUUGGGGUGAUGAUGAUUUACUCUGGCGUGUGUAUCUGUAGUUGUGUGACUUUUUGCAAACCGGACGGUGUAUGUAUAGUGACGUUGGAUGUUUUCUGUGCUUUGACAUUGGGGUGCGUACUGUCUUAUAACGUGUACGUCGUAGCACCUUACAUUCUAAGAUGGGAAAAUAGCGUAUGCAUAGCGAUAGCCUUGAUAAGAAGAUCCUUUUCUCAGGGUGCGUAAACGCGGAGGAUGAUGCCCUGAUGCCCUGAUGCCUCGCGAACGCCCUCGAGUCGGAUCAAAUCACAUUUCAGCCGUGUUUGCAUGGAUGCACAUUGGAAAAUAGAUGAUGGAGUACUAUUGCUACUUGUCUAUCGCUUUCACCAGA